CUGGUGUCAAAGGCAGCGGAGGCCACACAGGUGGAUUAGAGAUGGAUUGUUGCAAAAUGUCACACAAGCUCCCUCACCAUGUCUCCAUUCAUGGAGGACUGUACCCUUCCAGGGUCAUCACUGUGUCUGGCAUUGUCCUGAAAAAUGCUCAAAGGUUCUACAUCAACCUGUGCACAGACAGCGACAUUGCCUUCCACUUCAACCCUCGAUUUGAUGAGAACACUGUGGUCCGGAACACUGAGAUCCAGGGUCUCUGGGGGACAGAGGAGCGAAGCCUGCCCUUCAACAUGCCCUUCAGACAAGGAUACAGCUUCACGGUGAUGAUCACUUGUCAAGCUGAGUGCUACAGUGUGAGUAUGGACGGCAAACACCUACUGGAUUAUGCCCACCGCCUGAAGGACCUGCAGAGCAUUGUCCACUUGGAGGUGGAUGGUGAUCUGGAGCUUAAUUCAGUGAUUGUCUAG